AUGCUUUCAGACUGAAGAUAUCAUGCUUACUGACGCGGCAACCGAUAGCUGCAAAGAACGGUGCACAUCUUACGCACACUUUUCAGCUCCACUUCCAUCUAGCUUGCUUGUUACAACUUCCAAGCUAUAGGCAUGGCUGCCAAACGGCAUCCGUCCAUCCUUGUCUGUGUGUGCCUCAUCCUCUCCCUUGGCCCAAACCUUGGGGCUUUUUGCACCCCUCAGGCGCAGUCUUUCGUCUACUCUGGCUUCAACGGGGCCGAUGUCACCCUCGACGGCGUCGCCAUGGUCCGGCCAGACGGGCUCCUCCAGCUGACCAACGUCUCCGAUGUCAGAGGCUAUGCGUUCCACCGGGAUCCCUUGCUUUUCCGCAAGUCCCCCAAUGGCGUGGUGCGGUCCUUCUCGGUCUCUUUGGUUUUCGGUGUCCAGUCAGAAUUCGUCGAAUCAAGCGUCGACGGCAUGACCUUCUUCGUCGCCGCCAGCAAGAACUUCUCAAGCACCUUCUCAGGGGGGUUUCUAGGCCUCUUCAACGACUCAACAGAUGGCAGCCCCGACAACCACAUCUUCGCGGUUGAGAUCGACACUUUCAAGAACGGGGAGUUCAUGGACAUGGACAGCAAUCAUAUUGGCAUCGACAUCAAUAGCCUUUUCUCCAUACAAGCUCGCACGGCUGGUUUCUAUGAUGACAACACUGGUUCGACUGGCCCAAUCAACACACAAUACUACGUGCUUGGUUGGAGCUUUGGCAUGGAUGGUCCGGCUCCAGCCAUCAACAUCACAAAUUUGCCAAAGCUGCCGCAUGGUCAUCGGAAGGCUCGUUCCAAGGUCAUAGAAAUUGUCCCUCCGAUAGCCACUGCGGUGUUCAUCGCCCUUGUGGGAACCGCCAUCUUCCUUAUUGUACGGAGGCGGCUGAGGUAUGCUGAGCUACUUGAGGAUUGGGAGGUGGAUUUUGGGCCACAUCGAUUCUCAUACAAGGACUUGUAUCAUGCUACUGACGGAUUCAAGAAUAAACGCCUCCUAGGUGCAGGAGGAUUUGGGAAAGUGUACAAAGGAGUACUCCCAACAUCCAAAAUGGAAGUAGCCGUGAAGAAAGUACCCCAUGAGUCAGGGCAAGGAAUGAAGGAGUUCGUCAAUGAGGUCGCUACUAUUGGCCGCCUCCGACACCGCUACCUUGUGCAGUUGCUUGGCUAUUGUCGGCGUAAGGAUGAACUCAUUCUGGUGUAUGAGUACAUGCCGAAUGGCAGCCUCGAUAAAUAUCUGCAUUGUGAAGAGGACAAGCCCACACUAGAUUGGACCCAGAGGUUUGGGGUCAUAAAAGGGGUCGCGUGUGGCUUGUUAUAUCUACACGAGAAGUGGGAAAAGGUUGUCAUACACAGAGAUAUAAAAGCAAGCAAUGUGCUCCUCGAUGGUGAAAUGAACGGACGCCUCGGUGAUUUUGGCCUCGCCAGGUUAUGCGAUCAUGGUACCGACCUACAGACCACACAUGUGGUCGGCACCAUGGGUUACCUAGCCCCUGAGUUGCUACGAAUGGGCAAGGCUUCUCCUCUUACGGAUGUGUUUGCCUUUGGCACAUUCCUUCUUGAGGUUGCAUGUGGACAAAGGCCAAUCAAGCAAGACUUACAAGAUAAACAAAUCAUGCUGGUCGAUUGGGUACUUGAGCAUUGGAAUAAUGGGUCGCUCGUGCAAGCAAUGGAUACAAAGCUCCAUGGUAACUAUGACAAUGACGAGGCCAACAUGGUGCUAAAGCUUGGUCUCUUAUGCUUGCAUCCGUUGCCCAUUGCAAGACCUGCCAUGAGACAAGUCAUGGAGUACCUUGAUGGAGACAUGGCACUACCAGAGCUGGCACCAACACAUUUCAAUGUGAACAUGGUGUCCAUGUUGCAAAGCAGAGGAUUUCGCCCAUCCAUCAUGUUGUAUCCGGACCUAACAUCGAGCAUCAACACGUUUUCCGGUCUCUCAGGAGGGCGAUGAUAUAUUGACAUAGGUGGUGUUUAAUUUAUAAUUUUGAGUUAUCGUGUAUGAACAAUUAGUAGUCCUGCUCUGGAUGUCCCAGUGAAUAUAUAGCAAUCGAGUUGUCACGUGUACGGUGUAUCUCAAGCAUUCAAGAUAACUCAACUACUUUUUUUUU